GCAAAAGAACUUUCAAAAUUGAUAUUGAGAACAGCUUUACAAAAAGCAAACAUUGCUGUACAAUGUGAUUCAACUAACAAUGUAUUAGGAGCUAUUACAGCUUAUAAAGAGGCAGUGAACUUACUCGAACGUGUAUUAAUCACAGCAGACAACGAAGGUGACCGUCAACGAUUACAGAACAUUCACGAUUCUUAUUCAGAAAGGAUUGUAUUAUUGAGUGCUUUGACAACAGCUAGAUUACCACAGCAACAACAAAGAUCAUCUCCAGUAGCGACAAGUCAAAAUAAUAAUACCGUAUAUUCUACAAACAAUGAGAGCAGUCCAUUACGUAGUGGUAGUAUCUCGAUGCCUGCAAAAGAGCAGCAGCAAACUUCGAAUAAAAGCUGUGACCGAUCGUCCUCCUGUUCAAUUGAUUCUUCUAUAUCUAUUGAUAAUACCCAGCAACAACUACAGAAAGCUCAAACAUCAACAAUGAUAUUACCUUCGUUCGUUCAGAGUAAUAGUAGCUCUUCUACUACAAAGAAGGUCGUCAGUACUCUUUUUCGAUCUACAACAAGAAAUAGUAGUUUGCAUUUGAAGAAAAAUAGCAGCUGUAGUAGUACGACUAGUACAACAAAUACGAGUGCAACGGUCUUAAGUCGACCAUCUCUGAACUCAGGUUUAGGAUCGAUGCGCAGAAAAGCUGCCAAUCGAUUAUCCAUGGAUGGACUGAUGGGAAAAAAUAAUACAGCAUCCAGUACUAUAAACAACCAUCCUACUAUGGCUGCAACUACCGCCAUGACACCUAUUGCUAAAAAUGCAAGUUAUAGCCAACAAUAUCUGAAAUUACUUCUCGCCAUCGAAAGAAGUAUGUCGGAGGGCGCUUAUUUAACUCAAAAACUUUAUAUACCCAAGAACCUAUGGCAACAACCCAAUAUUCGUCUUUCAUCCAUGGAUAUCAAAAUUUCUGCCUGUGAAUCGAUCAUGAAUGAUAUGGCUCGACUUGAAAAUUGGAUUUACCUGGAUGACUUAACAAGCUCGAUUAGGAUUAUUCAACAAUUAGAAACGACUGUAGAUCAAUUGCAGACGACGCUUGCAAAAAAAUUGAAGAGGGAGAGUACGCCUACCUCAGACAAUUCUAGUCAACAACAGCAAUUCAAUUAUACCCAA